AUGAAACUCGCACCUGUUCAAGUAUUUAUAGAUUUUGAGAUUGCGAUUCAUAUGGCAGUAGAGAGCAUGUGGCCAAUAUCCAAAAUACGAGGGUGCAGAUUUCAUCUAGCCCAAAAUUGGUGGCGGAAAAUUCAGAAUCUAGGUCUCUCGGCAAUUUACAAAGACACUAGUUCAGAAAAUGAGACCAGUAAUUUUUUGAAAUUAUUUUUUGCCCUACCCAUUUUAAGCCCAAUAGAAGUUAUCGAUUGCUUUACUGACGAGUUAAUGGCCAUUCGACCAACAGCUGACGAAAGAAUUGAAGAAUUUAUGGACUAUGUAUUUGAUAAUUAUAUUUCCCCAGAAGCAAGUUUUCUACCAAGUAUAUUGGCUCAAUUUUCAACUACUUUAAAUAGAACUACAAAUAGCUGCGAGAGUUUUCAUUCUAAACUCAACCGUUGUUUUUAUAGUGGGCACCCAAAUAUUUACCUAUUUAUAGAUGAGCUGUUUGAUGUACAAUCAUAA